UCCCGGCUGAUCCGCUAUGGGAGACGGAAGUGUCGCCUGACUGGGGGUCUCUGUCACUGGCAGGGUGUCACUGAACGAGGGGCUGAGUGCGAUGAGAGUAGCGGCGGCGGCUCCGGAUGGAUGAUGGCCGCAGUUAAGAGCCACAGUCGGGCUGGGAAGAGAGAAGAGGAGAACGGGGGUCUGGACCGCUCCCUCCAGCAAAUGAUCUCAGCCAUAGUGGACGAAAGGAACCGCCUCAAUAUUCGCCAGGAAAUCAGCGGCCUGGGCUGCUUUAAAGAUGACCGCAUUGUAUUUUGGACCUGGAUGUAUUCCACCUAUUUUAUGGAAAAAUGGGCUCCUCGGCAGGAUGAUAUGCUGUUUUAUGUCCGACGUAAACUUUCUUACGUGAACACAGAUGGCAGUGAAGGAAAAAAGGUGACUAGCAGAGGCGUACCCCGCAGGCAGGUGGAUGUUGAAGUCUAUCGUAAGGAUUCUAAGAAGCUCCCUGGCCUUGGGGAUCCAGACAUAGACUGGGAGGAGAGUGUCUACUUGAACCUUAUUUUGCAGAAGCUUGAUUACAUGGUGACUUGCGCAGUGUGUACCCGUUCUGAGGCUGGUGAUAUCCACAUACAUAAGAAGAAGUCCCAGCAAGUAUUUGCUUCUCCAAGCAAACACCCCAUGGACAGCAAGGGGGAAGAGUCGAAGAUCAGUUAUCCCAAUAUCUUCUUCAUGAUUGACAACUUUGAGGAGGUGUUCAGCGAUAUGACUGUAGGAGAAGGGGAGAUGGUUUGUGUUGAGCUUGUGGCCAGUGACAAGACAAACACAUUUCAGGGAGUCAUAUUCCAGGGGUCUAUACGAUACGAGGCUCUAAAGAAAGUUUAUGACAACCGGGUCAGUGUGGCAGCAAAGAUGGCUCAGAAGAUGUCAUUUGGCUUCUACAAAUAUAACAACAUGGAGUUUGUACGGAUGAAGGGACCACAGGGAAAAGGGCACGCGGAGAUGGCCGUAAGCAGAGUUUCCACCGGAGACACAUCUCCAUACGGCACAGAGGAGGACUCCAACCCCGGGUCACCCCUGCAUGAGCGGGUUACAUCAUUCAGCACUCCCCCAACUCCUGAACGAAACAACCGUCCUUCCUUCUUUUCUCCAUCCCUGAAAAGGAAAGUACCAAGGAACCGAAAUGCAGAGAUGAAGAAAUCACACUCUGCCAAUGACAGCGAGGAAUUCUUCCGGGACAGCGAUGAUGGGGGAGAUAUCAAUGUCACCAACCUAAGGUCGCGCUCGCUUUCUGGGACUGGGAGAUCUUUGGUGGGAUCGUGGCUCAAACUGAACAGAACUGAUGAGAACUUCUUACUCUAUGCACACUUGACCUACGUCACUUUGCCACUGCAGCGCAUCUUGUCAGAUAUUCUGGAAGUUCGACAGAAGCCAAUCCUGAUGUCAUAGCAGAUAAAGUUGGCACUGCCUUUGGGAAAUUUUCACUGCCAUAGUGCCUACCUGACCUGCAGUGGUUUCACGUGCAACACUACCACCUAGUGUCCACGUAGUGUCCAUGCACCGAACAAAGACAAGCGAGGGAGAAGGCCGGUUCCUACUGUUGAGGCUGACAAACUUUACAGUAGGAAAAGAAUAACAACAAAGAAAUACCAGCCAGUCUAAAGUGCCUCUUUUUAACCCUUCAUCCUUCCUUUGGUAGGCUCGCUUACGCCAUCUAGUGGUCUGGUGGGACUUCAACAAAAGGGGCUGCGUUUAGAAACGUAACACGCUUUAUAAACUAUUUCUUAUACCGACGUUUACUGUGGGUGGACAGUAGGCAUGUCUGUGUACUUACGCCGUGUGGUCAAAGAUUUCAAUGAAUGUCAUGAUUCAGUGGGCAAUGGACUCGCUUGGUAUUUUGAUGUCUCCGUCCGCCCUCUUGUUCUACGACUGAGCGCGAACACAAGUGAUGUUUGAAAAUGUCUGCAUCUGUUUCUUUUUUUUAUGUUUUUAUUUCAUAUUUUAUAUACAUUUUUGUGUGUAAAGGGAAAUAUUGAGCAAAAGUACAAAUUUAAUACUGUAAUUUUUUUUAUUUUAUUUUUUUGAAUUAACAAAAAGUUCUAUAAAUGUAUUAACGAUGUGAUUGUUGUACGUUGCAGAAUACAGACAAGGUCCCUAUUACUGGAAAAUUAGGCUACUUUCAUACUAGCGAUUUAGUUUUCCGAUAUUGAGGUUCGUCAUAGGGGCUCAAUACCGGAAAAAAAACGCUUCCGUUUUGUACCCAUUCAUUGUCAAUGGGGACUGAACUGAA